AUGAAGAUUUUGUCGCCUAAAUGUAAGGUAGGCAUCCCUGCUUUAGGUGCCAGUUCUGGCAUAGGACGCGCAACAGCUCUCCUUUUUGCAAAACUUGGGGCCGGAGUCGCCUUGGUUGGACGGAACAAAGAAAACCUCGAAAAGACUCAGCACAUGUGCCAAGAGGUGUCCAAUCAUCCUGAUGCCAGCUUCUGUGUAGUGCAAGCAGAUUUAGCUGAUCUAGAUCAAGUUUCAUCUGCUUAUAGUAAAACGAUUGCUCAUUUCGGCAGACUCGACAUAUUGGUUAAUAAUGCGGGCAUUCAAAUUAAGGAUAGUGUUGACAACUUCGACCCCGCCGCCCACGAACGCCUCAUGAAUAUCAAUGUUCGCUCCGUAUUAGCUCUCUCGCAUUUAGCGGUACCGAAAUUGGAGGAAUCUAAGGGGUGCAUAGUGAACAUUUCAAGUGUAUCCGGUAACAAUUCGUUUCCUGGUAUCCUUUCUUAUGCAAUAAGCAAAGCCGCCAUAGAACAGUUUACCAGAAACGCUGCCGUUGAACUCGGGAAAAGGGGAAUUCGUGUCAAUUGUGUCGCGCCAGGCGUGAUCGUCACUCAACUUCACAAAAACGCCGGCAUGUCUGAUGCCGAGUAUGCCCAAUUUCUAGAGCGAUCGAAGAACAACAACCUAAUGGGCCACCCAGGGAACGCGGAGGAAAUUGCCAAGGCGAUUGUCUACCUCGCUAGUGAAAUGGGUUCGUUUGUCACUGGCGAGACCAUCUUCGUCGACGGAGGGUGGUCAAAGAUGUGCCCUCGCUAA